CAUUGACCACAUGUUUUUCGUGCAGCUUGUUUACAUAUUUUUGACAGCACAAGGUGUUGGGUGCAGUAAGAUUUUGAAGAUUUUUGUGUAUAUUUCGAUUUCUAUGUGCAUUUCACAAAAUUUACCUUUGAUUUGAAAAUGAGCUUAAAGAAAAUUACUUCUCAAUGUGAGGACAGUGUCACGGUGGUCAGUGUAACAGUGCCCGACGUUGAAUCGCUGAAAAAUCUCACGAGCUGUGAUGUGUUUGUAGACGAGCAUAAUUUAUUGUUUUCUUGUGAUUACGUUACGUAUCGGUAUUACAGCACGAGGAAAAUCGACGUGAAGGACAUGAAGGAGCUGCAGGUGCUGUUGGAUACGACAAAGCGGGAGUUCGUGCUUAGGAUCCCGCUCUUGCCGGCAGAUUGUCUGCCCGACGACAAGAUACAGAACACAGACAGUCCUGCGAAGAGAAUCCCGUCGGCCGUGAAUAUUUUGUCAAUGCAGCGCGCGGCGGAGACUUGUACGUUUCUGAUGAACGGCGAACGCGGCCAGUUUCAGAGGAAAUUCAGCUACGGAUUUGGUUGUAAUUUCGAUGAUGAUACGUCUCUAUUGGAAGACACACUUCGGCCCAUUUCACGAAUUACAAAUCCCAACGGAUUCAGUCCAAUUCAACGAUGUUACCAACGAGAGCAGGACGAAAAACGGGAUUUCUGUCGAGAACAGUACAAAUUGAAUUUUGUUGAGUUACAGGUCCCCGAUGGGCUAGAGAAUCCUGCAAAAUUCGCCUUCAGUUGUAGCGAUAGCAAGUUGGACACGAAGCAGCAGUACAGCCUGAAAGUUAUACUAGAGAAGCCUCUGAAAUUGUCGCCAUGUCGGGAAGCAUAUGUGGAUGCCGGACUGGUUGAAUUGAUCCUCGUCAUCUGCUACGAUGUUCGAUCUACGCAAAACGAGACGACAUGCGAGAGUGCCUGGACGCGGUCAAUCCUAUCGUCAAUGCUGACAUAUUUCGAGACUAGCCCAAAUCUUCGGACGGUGAUCGAGAAUUUUUUGCGGAGAUCAUUGAUAUAUCCAUUGUACCGUAAUUACGAUCUGAGUCGGAUGUGUAUCGAGGACGCAAUCGCAGCGUUGCAGAUGGGCUCGAAGUGGAUCCUAAAGCAGCUCCUCGUCACUUACGAGUUAUUCCUUACAAGCGACGAUAAUCGGUCGUUGUACAAUAAAUACUUCAUCGAAGAUUACAUUCGCUACGUUUCAUCCGUCGAGGACAAUUACUUGAAAACUUUGUCUAGAAAUUUGAAGAAUUUGCAUUUGAACAUUAGCAAGAAGGAUACGCGUUUGAAUUUGUCCGAUAUCGAGACGGAGUUGCUUAAGGAAUUGAUCGAGGACAUUCAUUUGGGGAACUCAGACGAUUCUGAUGACGAUGAUGCAGACAGUGAUGGGAGCGAUGACGAGAGCUCAAGCGAGGAUACAGAAAGUGGCAGUGAAGAGAAUAAUGCGUAGAGGAUGAGUUUUGUACAUAGUUUAUGAGACGACAAAUAAAAUAAGUCUAUUUUA